UCCCUCUCUCCCUCUCUCAUUUUUUUUCUUCCCUGCUUCCUCCCUCCCUCUGAAAGUUGCCCAUGGACUCAUUCUGCAGAGGUUUUAGUCUCCUCAGGCUCUGGAUGGGAGAGGGAUGAGAUCACAGAGCUCCAAUCCGAUGCUCUUUUAGCACUUCAAACACUAAUAUUGUAACUCAUCUUACGGUCAGACCACUAUUCAACUAGAUAUGUUUUACCCAUUUUAAGAUGCAAAUGAAUGAGCUUGUUUUGCAGCAUUUUUUUAACCCAAGCAGCACAUUGAGGAGGUUUGGGACUUUCACCACUUUUUUUUUUUUGGGGGGGUGGCGGGGGGAGCUGGGAAAAUGAACGCAGAUGCCUCAACCUGCUGACUACUUUAGCUUCACCUGCUCUCGUUCGUUCUGACCACAAGCGUCAAGCUGAGCAUCAGCGAGCCUAAGUGAGGAGCCAUGAAAGACAGCUACGGAGGAUAUGAGAACCAGCUCUUUAAAGAGGAGGAGAUCAAUGGCGAGGAAGAGGAUAUACCGCCAUUCAGAGGUGAAGGCCGCACGCACACAAGUGGAUUCACAACUUGUCGCACUCGAGGAGGUUGUGUGAGGUGCCGGCAGAGUCAUUCCCUCCAAGUGGCUGUCAAAAUCCUUUACGCAUUAGUGGCAUUCCUGAUCGUCAUUGUGGUAGUGCUGGCAUCACUCGUGUUUAGGAAGGUGGACUAUCUUUCCCAGGAAGAGCUUGUCUAUGAAAAGAAGAUCGCCAGCGCUCAGAAAGCCCUCGACGAGAUCACUAACUGCUCAGGUUGUCUGGAUGUGACCCUGUACAGCGAGGAGAUAGCUCGGCUCAAGCAGGAGUUUGAGGACAUCCAAAAAAUGCUCCUGGGACAAGAGCAGGUCCUGGACCAAGCCUCUCAGACUCAGACCAAGCUGACAGCCACUAGCAAACAGCUUAGCACAGAUAUGCAGACCCACGUCAUGUCCAUUAAGUUUCUCAACCAGUUGCUGGUGGGAUACCAAGACCAGGUAGAGGGCUGGAAGGACGUGCUGGAGGAAACGGAAGAGAGAAUGAAGACUCUGACAGAAGAUCAAUAUGAUGUCAAAGCUACUGCGCAGCAAAUCAACACAACAGUGGCACUGAGUACGAUGUGGAUCGAUGCCCUGCAGAGGAAAUCAGACGAGGAGAGUUUGGUCCUCCAGAAGUUGACCAGUGACUGGCAGAACUACACUCAAGUUCUGGGCAUGAUUAAAUCCAAUGCGAGCAGCAACACCCAAAUCUUACGGUCCCUGCAAAACAAUAUCGUCGCGGACCACCAGAGAAUCUCCAUUUCCUCGGAGAUGUACUACGAACUCAGUCAGCAGGUAAUGAACCUGCAGGUGCAACUCGACAACGUCACAACUUCCAUGGACGAACAUGAAGAGAACAUGCACGACCUGCACUACCAUUCCAAGUACUACGAAAACCGGACUGGAGAACGUUUCUUGGCUUUGGAUGGGCGUCUGAACUCCAUCGAGAUGGAGAUUGAAACCAUCUCAUCCAGCAUCAAUGCCACCGUCAGUCAUGUCCAGAGCAUGUACAAGUACAUCAACAUUGAGAGCUCCACCUGCCAGAGCCGCCUGAGCAGACAAAUCGAAGAUAUGCAGAACUUAAACAGCAGCGUCUUGUUACUUCUGAACUCCGCGGACGCACUGAGGCAGGAGCACAUGUUGUUAAAUGUACGUCUGGAUGUGGAUGUCAGGAACUUGUCCAUGGUGAUGGAGGAGAUGAAGCUGGUGGACACUCACCAUACGCAACUGAUCAAGAAUUUCACGAUAUUAAGAGGUGCUCCAGGACCACCCGGCCCUAAAGGUAACCGCGGAGAGACUGGGUCAAAAGGACCUCUAGGACUGACCGGGGGGAAAGGUGAUCGAGGCCCAAUAGGAGGCCGUGGAUCGCAAGGAGAAAAGGGCUCUUCUGGGCCGAGAGGUGCACCUGGUCAACCUGGCCCUAGUGGCAGUCGAGGGGCCAUAGGUAACACAGGACUUAAAGGGGGCCCCGGCCAACCAGGACCACGUGGUGAAAAGGGCCAGAAAGGUGAUAUGGGUCCACUUGGUAAAACCGGGGUCCCGGGACCAAGAGGUCCAUCAGGGAUCCAGGGCCAAACAGGACUACCGGGUAUAAUUGGACCGCCGGGGCCCAAAGGGAAACCAGGACCAACUGGGGCCCCCGGACCACCAGGAACUCCUGGGCCUCCAGGAGUACCGCACUCCCUUGAUCAAUCCAGGACGCAGCAGAGAAGCCAACCUGCUGCUGGAGCCAAAAGACAGUAACCAACUAGAUUUGGACAUGGACUCGGGAAAGUUCAUUGGAACAAUUCAAGAGGUGGUACUCCACCCAAUCGAAAAGACCUGAUUAAAACAGGACCUUUGAAAAUGACGCGGAUGAAUAUUGCCAACAAGGGUAGAGAGCACUACCUACAGACUGAACAUCAUCUGACACAUUGCAUUAUUGUCUUAUAUCGGUUGUCUUCAGCCACCUUGCAAAGAUAGAUCAUAACAAGUGUGUGUGGGUUUUUUUUCCAGGGUAAAACACACAAGUAAGCAAUCCUAAAACAUGGCUGUUAUUGAACUUCAAUCAGGUGAUGAUGAAGAUUGUUGAUGCCCCGGAGGAUUACGGCUAAAUUCAAACAGAGUAGUCUUGGUUCGCGCCUAUUUUCUUGAUGCCAAAGCACAUUUCCUUUGAAGUGCUCGCAUCACAGAAAGCUGACAAAUUGGUCAUUUUGUGGCUUUUUCGGAGCAGGUACUCUGAAGAUGAAAUUAGCAUGUGCUAUGUCAAGUUGAACAAUUCAUUUUCAACGCUCCAAUGGCCAUGGGCAGUUUACAAUACUGUAUGUACAAUGGUGCGCUUUAAAAUGUCAUUUUUGCUUCAGCGUUUGUGCAAAUACAAAUGCCAAUAUAGAUAUAUAUUUUUUUUUGCAUAGUUUAUUAUUGAACAUUUAGAACACUAUGCUGGUUAAAAGCAAGGAAAAUGCGGCAAUUAUUUGCCUUUUUUUUUUUUAUCCAGUUGAAAGUGUGAACAAAAACUCUUGAUUCUGGCGUUGACGACAACUAAGGCUAAUCAGCGAAGCGCUCACCACAAAACACAUCAUAUGGGUCGUUUUUCCUCAAAUGGGAAUAAGGUCUGAAGUAUUUUGUCCACAGACUAAAAAUAGCAUUAUAUACUAACCCAGUUUGUACUUCUGCUGUGACAGUAGACUCAUCACUUUUCAUGUUACACCUGGAAACAUCCUUUCUCUCAAAGAAAUAAAAACACAAAUAGAGAA